UUAAAUCCACUCCAUCCGCUCACAGCGUUUAAAACACGCCGUCCUCCUCGCCCUCCGUCGCCUAUAGAAGACACUGUCCGCCGUGGGGGGACCACGUACCAUCAUCGCUGGGCUGAUGUGAGACGGACAGGGGACACCCAUCCGAGUCACUCGGUGUCCGCGGAAGUGCGCGCUGAGGAGCUGCAGAAUUGGCGUGUAAAAGCUGGGCGGCGAUCGAUCCAGAAUCUACUCUUUGUUUUUUUUUUGUCGUGCGCCGAGGAGCAUCGGGGGAAGAAGCCCAGCAUCCCUGCAUCUCUCCCUGGACGGAGCAGAGAGGACCUCCUUCCCUGCCUUCCUCCACACUACAGCGCCUUAAAUCGGAACCGCUUAAUGAAGUUUCAAGAUAGUUAUGGAUACUCUUCUGGACUAAAGGUGUGGAAAACCCGCCGCUCGCUGUCGUCGUCCAACCGGGAUUAAAAAAACAGGAAACACCCCGCCGACCCGCCCCCGCCAGCCGUCGCCAUGGGGAAACAGAACAGCAAGCUGAGGCCAGAGAUGCUGCAGGACCUGAGGGAGAACACCGAGUUCUCUGAUCACGAGCUGCAGGAGUGGUACAAGGGUUUCUUAAAGGACUGUCCAAGCGGGACGUUGAACGUGGAGGAGUUCAAGAAGAUCUACGCCAACUUCUUCCCCUACGGCGACGCGUCCAAGUUCGCCGAGCACGUCUUCCGAACGUUCGACACCAACGGCGACGGCACAAUAGAUUUCCGGGAGUUCAUCAUCGCCCUGAGCGUGACGUCGAGGGGCAAGUUGGAGCAGAAGCUGAAAUGGGCGUUCAGCAUGUACGACCUGGACGGCAACGGCUACAUCAGCCGUGACGAGAUGCUGGAGAUUGUACAGGCAAUCUACAAGAUGGUGUCUUCUGUCAUGAAGAUGCCAGAGGACGAGUCCACGCCCGAGAAGAGGACGGAUAAGAUCUUCAGACAAAUGGACCUCAAUAAUGACGGGAAGUUGUCCCUGGAGGAGUUCAUCAAAGGUGCCAAAAGCGACCCUUCCAUCGUUCGGCUACUCCAGUGCGACCCCAGUUCGGCCUCCCAGUUCUGAGCAGGAGCCUCCGUGUUGCUACUGCGGCCGCCGCUGAAAUGCAUGAUUUUUUUUUCUGUUUUGUUUGUUUGUUUUUCUCAUAUUGCUGGUUUUGAUUCAUACUCUAACGUCGGCAAAGGGUGGAAGGAUUUAAGUUCCGUGUUAUUGAUUUUUCUAUAUUUUCGACAUUUCAGAAGGACACGCGUAUUGAUGAGUUCUGCCUCUCUCUGGAACAUGAGAGGCGUCUCAUCCAGCACACACACAUUUGUGUAUAUCAUGUAUGUAUAUAUAUAUAUAUAUGACAAUAUAUGUGUGUAUCAUACUUGUGUACACACUCUGGUAUUUCCAAGGCAGUAUUAUGUAGCGUAACCCUGCAGGGUUGCAGUGGGCCACUUUGAUUUCAAUUAAUGCUUAUACAUUUUUUUAUUAAAUUUACAAACCCCAUUUCCAUAUGAGUUGGGAAAUUGUUUUAGAUGUAAAUAUAAACGGAAUACAAUGAUUUGCAAAUCAUUUUCAACCCAUAUCCAGUUGAAUAUGCUACAAAGACAACAUAUUUGAUGUUCAUACUGAUAUUUUUGCAAAUAAUCAUUAACUUUAGAAUUUGAUGCUAGCAACACGUGACAAAGAAGUUGGGAAAGGUGGCAAAAAAUACUGAUAAAGUUGAGGAAUGCUCAUCAAACACUUAUUACGAACAUCCCACAGGUGUGCAGGCUAAUUGGGAACAGGUAGGUGCCAUGAUUGGGUAUAUAAAGAGUUUCCCAAAAAAUGCUCAGUCUUUCACAAGAAAGGAUGGGGCGAAGUACACCCCUUUGUCCACAACUGCGUGAGCAAAUAGUCAAACAGUUUAAGAACAACGUUUCUCAAAGAGCAAUUGCAAGGAAUUUAUGGAUUUCAACACCUACGGUCCAUAAUAUCAUCAAAAGGUUCAGAAAAUCUGGAGAAAUCACUCCACGUAAGCGGCAUGGCCGGAAACCAACAUUGAAUGACCGUGGCCUUCUAUCCCUCAGACGGCACUGUAUCAAAAAAAGACAUCAAUCUCUAAAGGAUAUUACCACAUGAGCUCAGGAACACUUCCGAAAACCACUGUCACUAAAUACAGUUUGUCGCUACAUCUGUAAGUGCAAGUUAAAGCUCUACUAUGCGAUUUAUCAACAACAUCCAGAAACGCCGCCGGCUUCUCUGGGCCCGAGAUCAUCUAAGAUGGGCUGAUGCAAAGUGGAAAAGUAUUCUGUGGUCUGACGAGUCCACAUUUCAAAUAGUUUUUGGAAAUCCUUGACAUCGUGUCAUCCGGACCAAAGAGGAAGCGAACAAUCCAGAUUGUUAUCGACGCAAAGUUCAAAAGCCCGGAUCUGUGAUGGUAUGGGGGUGCAUUAGUGCCCAAGGCAUGGGUAGCUUACGCAUCUGUGAAGGCACCAUUUAUGUUGAAAGGUACAUACAGGUUUUGGAACAACAUAUGCUGCCAUCUAAGCGCCAUCUUUUUCAUGGACACCCCUGCUUAUUUCAGCAAAACAAUCCCAAGCCACAUUCAGCACGAGUUACAACAGCGUGGCUUCGUAAAAAAGGAGUGCGGGUACUUUUCUGGCCCGCCUGCAGUCCAGACCUGUCUCCCAUCGAAAAUGUGUGGCGCAUUAUGAAGCGUAAAAUACGACAGCAGACUGUUGAACGACUGAAGCUCUACAUAAAACAAGAAUGGGAAAGAAUUCCACUUUCAAAGCUUCAACAAUUAGUUUCCUCAGUUCCCAAACGUUUAUUGAGUGUUGUUUAAAGAAAAGGUGAUGUAACACAGUGGUGAACAUGCCCUUUCCCAACUUCUUUGGCACGUGUUGCAGCCAUGAAAUUCUAAGUUAAUUAUUAUUUGCAAAGGUUUAUGAGUUUGAACAUCAAAUAUCUAGUGCAUUCAAUUGAAUAUGGGUUGAAAAGGAUUUGCAAAUCAUUGUAUUCCGUUUUUAUGUACAUAUAACACAAUUUACUAAAUCAUAUGGAAACGGGGUUUGUAUUUGGAUUAUAAUAGUUACUUAUUAUUGUGAUUAUUAUGUUCGUAGAAGUGAUAUUUACUCCGUUGGUUUUCCAUUUUUACAACAUUUUUUUUUCAUGCUUUAUUUUGUACGUUUUCCGCAUUAAUGUCACGCUUCAGUGCGUUUCAACUUAGUUUACAGCGACGGAGGGAGACACAAUGUAACGUUAAAUGUCACGCGUUUGAUAUAAAAGCAUCAGUAGCGCACUUUAUUUGUGACGCCACGUGCAUGUCGACGUGUGGAAUGCUCGAGGUCGAUUGGAACAGUAUUAUUAUUAUAUUGAUGAUCACGUUCAGUACGCAGGUUUUAGCUGUUACCCGUCCGCAGUGCAUGAAACCGACGAAAACAAAAAGUAAUGCACGGUGGUCUUAUUUUGCAGCUUCAAUGAUUCGUCUUGGUCACUCACUAAGGGCUCGCUCAUCACUGGGAACGCUUUAAUCACCUCCUGGAUGAACUGCUUACCAGGGCAGGGUAAUGAAGGGACUUGUUUCACAUGAUAAUUACGGUCCUGUUUUUUUGUUGUUGUUUUUUUUAAGGUAAUAAGGCAGUUUGUUGUGUAGUAAUGGCUUCUGCCAAUUCAGUGUGGAAUAACUACUGUGGAGCAUCCAUUUCCGACCGCUUGUCCCUUUUGGCAAAAUCGAGAAAAUGUUACAAUGAAGGCCACACAUGAAGUAAUGUUACAAAAAUUAAGUCGCAGUAUCAGCAGAAAAAAAAACAUUUACAAUGUCUUUGUUAAGAUCAUUAAAUGCAUUUUAUCAAAACAGUCCAAUAAUAUACGAAACAAAGCAUAUUCUUAUGAGAAAACAUAGUGAUAUUGAAAGGUAAAAAAAUGUACAUGUAAGGACUUUAAACGGGAAUAAUGAAUGUGUAAAAAUGUGCUUGUUUUUUUUUCUAAAUGAAAAGAGGCAAAAUACUACCAAAAAAUAAGUUGUAAUACUGACAGAAUGAGAAAAAGGAAAUUUUUGAGGAAAAAGAACAUAUUUCAAAAAAAAAUGUGGCAUUUAUGUUAACAGGGAAAAAAAAAAAUAAUAAUUUCUUGAGAUGUUUCAUGAUGAAAAAAAUAAAUUGCAUCGGAAGAAAGAUGCAGUUUUUAUUUUACAAAAAUGGUUAAAAUAUUACGAAAAUUAAGUUGUAAUAUUGAAAGAAAGUUUAAGGAGAUAUUUUUGAGAAUAAAGAUUAUGUAUAUAUAUAUAUAUAUAUAUAUAUAUAUAUAUAUAUAUAUAUAUAUAUAUAUAUAUAUAUAUAUAUAUAUCCAUCCAUCCAUUUUCUACCGCUUAUUUAUUUAUAUUUAUAUAUAUAUAUAUAUAUAUAUACAUAUAUAUGUAUAUAUAUUUCCCGAGAUGUUACAUUAGGAAAACAUAAAUUGCAUACGUUUUAUUGGACUAAAGAUGCAUUUUUUAUUUUACAAAAAUUGUCAAAAUAUUACAAAAAUUAAGUUGUAUUAUUAAAAGAAAGCUUAAGGAGACAUUUUUGACAAUAAAGACUAAAUUUAAUAUAUAUAUGUAUAUAUAUAUAUAUAUAUAUAUAUAUAUAUAUAUAUGUAUAUAUAUAAGAUGUGGCAUUUAUGUCAGUGGAGUAAUAUUAUCAAAGGGGGGGGGAAAGAGCCAUAAUAUCACAAAAAUUAAGUUGUAAUAUUUCAAAAAAGAAAAAAGGAGACUUUUUUGAGAAUAAAGAGAGAAUAUAUAUAUAUAUAUUUUUUUUUUUAAUCACUAACAUAAAUCCUGACAUAAAAUGAUAAAAAAAAUAAAAUACGAGCGUUUUAUUUGAAUACAUUUGGACACAUAUUACAAAAAUUAAGUUGUAGUAUUUAAAGGAAGAAAGGGGGGAACAUUUUUCAGUAUAAGGAGUAAAUUUAAAAAAAAUAUGAUGUAGCAUUUACAUAAUGAAAUAUUAGCAUUACCAAAAAUGUAACCGCAUACGUUUUAUUAGAAUAAAGUUGAUUUUCUUUUUUUAGUAAAAGAGGCAAAUUGUUACAAAAAAAUCAGUUGUAAUCUUACAAGACAGAAAAAGGGGACAUUUUUUGAGAAUAGAGAGAUUUUUUAAAAAUGAUCACAAAAAAACAAUUUCCCGAGAUGUUACAUGACGAAAACAUUUAUUAGAAUUAAGUUGCUUUUUUUUUUUCCAAAAAGAGACAAAACAUCACAAAAAAUUAAUUUUGAUUUUACAAUAAAUAAAAGGGUAAACUUUUAAAAAUGAUCUAAAAUUAACACAAAUUUUAAUGUAAAAUGAUAAAUUACAAACAACUUUUUAUUUCAAACUUUUUGGCUUCAUUCGAGUAGCUGUGUCCCAAUACUUAAAUUACCAUCUUAUUUGUGCACUCAUAACUUUAUCUUUGUUAAAAUUACAACCAUUUAUUGCAAUAUUACCGCUUGAUUCUUGUAAUAUUACAAAAUUAUGCAAAAUAUUAGUUCCAUAUUUGUAAUUGUUCUAUUGUAAAGAGCAACAUUUACAGUAGCUAUAUCACACUGAAAAAUAAAUUAGUGACGUCACGUCCGGUUGCCUGCAGUGAAGCUUAUUUUGCUUUUGGGGUAGCUGGACCUGGAGCAUCACUGCCUCCUGCUGGUAGGAUAGGGAACAACAUGGAAGUAAAGUUUUAUUUUCCUUCAAAAGAACUGCUUUCUUAUGUUGGAUUGAUUCUUUCGAACUAUUCACCAUCCCAUCACACUGCAACCUAACAUUCCAAAACUUUGUUUUCUGCAUGAAAAAAAAAAAAAAAUCCAAUUAUAUGACACUUUGUUCUACUGCACCUGAAAGAGAAAUUAUUGUUUUAAAUCUGCAUGUGUGAACCCUUCUGUCAUUUCUGGUUUCUGAUUUAUUAUUUGUUGGUUAUCAAUAAAAAGAAGUACUACUACUA